AACCAGACGCCUGAGACAGGAUUUUUCAAAUGAUUUUUCAACUCUGCUAUCAAUAAUAACUCUACAGAAGCCGAUAAAGCAACCCAACCAGAAUAAUGAAUAGAGGUUUCUUCACAGAGAAGUAGAGAAAGAAACAAAAUAGAUAAGACUCAGGAUAAGGAGUUACAAGGCUCUUUUGAGAGAGAGGGAAAAACAGACCGGACCCUUUUGUGUUGGCUUCAAUUUCUUGUUGGAAAAUCAUGGCAAUGGUUUGAAGACUAGAACUUUGUAUGGCGAGUCACAGAGCUGGAGAGAUUGGUUUGGCAGACUCAGGGCCUUCAAACGACCAUAACCCAUAUGCAGUUUUUCAUGGGAUUAAUCAUCCCACUAGCUUCGUUAAUCAAGGAGGAUCUGCUUUUGAUUUUGGAGAGCUGGAGCAAGCUAUUGCACUGCAAGGAGUGAAGAUCGAUAAUGAUGAAGCUAAAGCACCUUUAUUUACCACAGUCAGGUCUGCCGCUACUCUGGAAAUGUUCCCUUCUUGGCCUAUGAGAUUCCACCACACCUCAAGAGGUAGUUCACAAUCAGGAGAGAGUACCGACUCUCAUUCAAGUAAGGCAGAGGCUCAUCUUGAACCAGACUCUCCCAUGAGUAGAAAAGAUUCUUUAGAUUAUCAGGCUUUUGAUCACAAGCAUCUUCCCCAACAGCCCCAACAACUUGACAUGACAAAUGAUGGCAAUAGAACAGGAUCAUCACAGGCUCAAAUCACUCAACCAGCUGCCAAACCCACCACAGAUAAGAGGAAGGGAGUUGGUUCAACGUCGGAAAGAGGGCAUGAUGCUAAGACAUUGAGACGUUUGGCUCAAAACAGAGAAGCAGCGAGGAAAAGCAGACUUAGAAAAAAGGCUUACGUACAGCAACUGGAAUCAAGUAGGAUAAAGCUCACUCAGUUGGAGCAAGACCUUCACCACGCUCGAGCUCAGCAGGGACUGUUGUUGGGAGGUGCCGGCGGACCUGGUGGAAAUAUCAGUUCUGCAGGUGCCGCAAUAUUUGACAUGGAAUACGCGAGAUGGUUAGACGAUGAUCUAAGGCACAUGUCGGAGCUCCGGGCAGGGUUGCAACAUCAUUUGCCGGACCACGAUCUUAAGAAAAUAGUAGAUGGGUAUGUUGGUCAUUACGAUGAAAUCUUCCACUUGAAGGGAGUGGCUGCCAAAACAGAUGUCUUCCAUCUCAUAACCGGAAUGUGGACUACUCCGGCGGAGCGUUGCUUCCUCUGGAUGGGUGGUUUUCGGCCCUCCGAGCUAAUCAAGAUGUUGAUAACCCAACUGGACCCAUUAACAGAGCAACAAGUGAUGGGAAUUUACAGCCUCCAACAUUCCUCACAACAGGCUGAGGAGGCCCUUUCCCAGGGCCUGGAUCAGCUACAGCAAUCUCUUAUUGACACCGUUUCCGGUGGUGGCUCUUUCAAUGAUGGCUUGCACCAUAUGGCCGUCGCUAUGGGCAAGCUGACUAAUCUCGAAGGCUUUGUUCGACAGGCCGAUAAUCUAAGACAACAAACUCUACAUCAACUGCGGCGAAUCUUAACAGUUCGACAAGCGGCAAGAUGUUUUUUGGUAAUUAGCGAGUACUAUGGUAGACUACGAGCCCUAAGUUCCCUUUGGACAUCUCGGCCUCGAGAGACUUUGAUGAGCGAUGAUAACUCCUGCCAAACGGCCACGGAUUUUCACAUGGUGCAAUCUUCACAACACCACUUCUCCAACUUUUGAUCAUGAUCACAAUAGGCGGAAAAAGCUGUACGUGAUGAUGAAGAAGAAGAAGAAUUCUCCCAUAGCUAAUUAGGAGAGGAUUUUCCUUGAUCUAUUUAUCUUGAUGAGUUAUGUUGCCAGCCUUGUAGAUGUGACAUUACAUAUAUGAGGAAGCUAGCUUAUAGUUUGAAGUAAACAAAGAGGAAACAUAGAAGAAUAUGGAAUGUUUAGGUAUGUCUUGGAAUGAACGUAUGCAUGCCCUUGUUAUUUAUUCUGACUUGC